UUUAGUGACGUCAUGCCCAAGCAGAAGAGAUAAAGCAGUAAAAAAAAAAAAAAACUGAAACUGUGUUUUCUAUUAUAUUGAUAUUUGUGCAUCACAAUCUUAAAGCUUUGAAAAUGUCGUAUGCAUACCUUUUCAAGUAUAUCAUUAUUGGAGAUACAGGUGUUGGAAAAUCUUGCCUUCUAUUGCAAUUCACAGACAAAAGAUUUCAACCAGUUCAUGAUUUAACAAUAGGAGUAGAAUUUGGCGCCCGUAUGAUUACCAUUGACUGUAAACAAAUAAAAUUGCAAAUUUGGGAUACGGCUGGACAAGAAGCAUUCCGUUCUAUUACACGAUCUUAUUAUCGUGGCGCAGCAGGAGCAUUAUUGGUGUAUGACAUUACACGCAGAGAAACAUUUAAUCAUCUUACAACGUGGCUGGAAGAUGCUAGGCAACAUUCGAAUUCAAAUAUGGUGAUUAUGUUAAUUGGUAAUAAAAGUGAUCUUGAUUCACGAAGAGAAGUAAAAAGGGAAGAAGGAGAAGCAUUUGCCAGAGAACAUGGACUUGUUUUCAUGGAAACAAGUGCAAAGACAGCAGCAAAUGUUGAAGAAGCAUUCAUUAACACAGCAAAAGAAAUAUAUGAGAAAAUACAGGAGGGUGUAUUUGAUAUCAAUAAUGAGGCAAAUGGCAUUAAAAUUGGACCACAACAUUCUCCAACAAGUCCUAGUGGAUUAGCAGGUACCGGAGGACAAGGAAAUGCACAGGGCGGUGGGUGCUGCUAGGGGCUGGGGGUUGCCUGCCCACCGCUACAUCCUUCUCCGAUCUGAAUCGAUCCUUUUACUCCUGCUCCUCGUUUUAAUCUCAACCACCGACUUUGUACAUUUAAUUUUGCGCGCGUCGCAUCUUGAGGUAACGAGUGACACAAUUGGUGUAUUUAUUAUUUAAAAAAUAUUAUAUACAUGAUGAUAGGAGUAUUAUAUGGCAAAAGUGUUAUACAUCAUUAGAAUCAUAAAAUAUAAUAAAAUCUUGAUUUACAGAUCUCA